AUGAGGGUGCCCCUUCUCCUGCUCCUGGCUUCUUCUCUGCAUGCCACAAGACCACUGGGUGAAAAGGCCUUCCCAAAGAGAGAGGCCCGGAGGGUUUCAUCAUGCGUGCGAUGCUGCGGGCCAGCUGAGCAGCCCGGCUCCAUCACCGCUUCCCGCUACACUCGGAUGACCAGCGACUCCGUCUAUGCCAUGCCCAGGAUCCAGCCCACCAUCAACAUCACAAUCUUGAAAGGUGAAAAAGGUGAAAUGGGAGAGCGAGGAAUUUCUGGCCCGGAAGGCAAAGCAGGUGAACGAGGCCUUCGUGGUCAUAGCGGCCAGAAAGGGCAAAAGGGCCACAUUGGGCUACCGGGCAACUCCUGCAAGCAACAUUACGUGGCCUUUUCUGUGGGCCGGCGGAAACCCCUCCACAGUUCUGACUACUACCAGCACGUCACUUUCGACACCGAGUUUGUCAACCUCUACAAACACUUCAACAUGUUCACGGGGAAGUUCUUCUGCUAUGUGCCAGGGAUCUACUUCUUCAACCUCAAUGUCCACACCUGGAACUACAAGGAAACCUACCUCCACAUCAUGAAGAAUGACAAUGAGGUGGCCAUUCUCUACUCGCAGCCCAGCGAGCGGAGCAUUAUGCAGAGCCAGAGCCUCAUGCUCGACCUCCACGAAGGGGAUGAGGUUUGGGUGCGGAUGUUCAAGCGGGAGAGGGAGAACGGCAUCUACAGCGAGGAGUCAGACAUCUACAUCACCUUCAAUGGCCAUUUGAUUAAGCCGGCCGUAGAGUAAUGGGCUCCAGGUCUAACAUAGGAUAAGUGGUCCCACCUGUUCUCUCGAGGGGGCAUGUCCAUGAACUGCUUACCUACAUGGGGUCCAAGAAAAAUUUGGAAGGGUAACCCAUGAACAAGUGCUUUGAGGCUUGCUGUUUCCACCAGGGCCUCAUCUGCACCGUAAAGCAGUAUCAUACCACUUGAGACAGCCAU